AUGUUGGCAGUGGUACGCAUGUUGGUGGUGGUCCGCAUGUUGGUGGUGGUCCACAAUGGUAGCGGUAGUCCGCAUGGUGGUGAUGACCCGCAUGCUGGUUGUGGUCCGCAUAGUAGCGGUGGUCCGCAUGGUAGCGGUGGUCUGCAUGGUGGUGGUGGUCAGCAUGCUGGUGGUGGUCCACAUGGUGGCGGUAGUCCGCAUGGUGGUGAUGAUCCGCAUGCUAGUGGUGGUCCGCAUAGUAGCGGUGGUCCGCAUGGUAGCGGUAGUCCGCAUGGUGGUGAUGAUCCGCAUGCUGGUGGUGGUCCGCAUAGUAGCGGUGGCCUGCAUGGUAGCGGUGGUCUGCAUGGUGGUGGUGGUCAGCAUGCUGGUGGUGGUCCGCAUGUUGGCGGUGGUCUGCAUGUUGGCGGUGGUCCGCAUGUUUGGAGUGGUCAGCAUGCUGGUGGUGGUCUGCAUGCUGGUGGUGGUCCCCAUGCUGGUGGUGGUCCGCAUGCUGGUGGUG